AUGAGAGGAGAAGCUGGAGAAUUGGCUGUUACCGGAGCUGCUGCGGCACUAUCACCAGAAAAACAACAAGAACAAGAAUUGAUGGGAAAAUUGGCGGCGACUGGAAAAUUGCCAGCGAGACCAGCAAGCAGCUUUUUACAAAAAAAAUUGCAACAAAGAGUGGGGGUUUUUUUUUGUGAGAAAACCUAAAUGAUUUGUAUAUUAUUUCAGAAAUUCUUUGAUUCUGGAGAUUAUGCUAUGGAUAAAUCAAAGGCUGGUGUCGGACUUGCUUCGAAACCACAUCCACUUGCUGGAGGUUUGUUAACAUUUUGAAGAUUAUUCCAAAUAUUAUAUUUUUAUAGUCGCUCAAAGCAAUGAUCAAAACAAUCAACCACCACAACAAAAAUCUCCAAUAAAUCCAACAAUCACACCAAUUCCACCACAAGCUGCACCAAUUCAAACUUCAACAAAUCGGCCAAGUUCGGAAAGAGUUGAAGAUGAUAAUUUGCAAAUUCCACGUCCAGAUACAGUACCACAAAGAAAAGCAUCAAUCAUUAAUCCAAGUGUGCAUUGUAAAUUGAGUCCAGCUCCACAUGUUCAGGUAAGAUUUGCGUUAGAAAUUGAUUGAAAAAGUAGACUUUUAUUUUCAAAUAAAAGUUCAAAAAAAAUAGCAGUCGAAAAGAAAAGUAAUCAAAAUUGACUGUGUUUUGAUUUUGAGUAAAUAUUAGUUUCAAAAUUUUUUAAAAAUUUUAAUCUAUUUGAUGAGGGGGUUAUUGUAUAAAGAUAGAAACAAUUGGAAUUCUGAAGAUAUGUGAUCAUUCAAUAGAUUCAGUGAAAUUAUUUUCAUUUUUUAUUUCCUUUCGCGCAUCUCCAAGGAAACUAAUUUAGAGCUCAAACACUGACAUUUUAUCUCAUUCUCAGAGAAAGGACAUAGAAAUAGCGCAGAUAUAUUCUUGAAUAUUCUCGCAAAUUUUCUCACGUGUAAAUAUUGUCAGCCGUCUCUCCUCAUUAUUUAUUCAUUUUCUGAAUGCCAGAUUUUUUUCAUCAUUGAGCUCUAAUUUAGGAUUCUCAAACAUGUUUUUUCUGAAAUUAAAAUUAGGAUUUCUAUAUAUUUUCACCUUUUCAUUCUUUAUUUCUGAAUUCUUCAUUUGAAAAAAUGACAUUCCGAAUCUCACGUUUUCUUUAUUCCACAUUAUUCAUUACAGUAAUCUUCAAAUGAAUUCAAAUCCUAUAAUGAAAAGAGGAUUUUAUUUCCAUUUCCUAAAUCCAUCUUUUUUUUCAGCAUCAUCACGACGCUUCAUCACCAUCAGCAAAUGAAUAA